AUGGCUCUCAAUCAAGCAGACGCGUUGGCGGAGCUCGAACGAGCGAACCAGCAGCGCUUGAAAAACGAGUUCAGUGGCAAGGCUGGCACCAAGUUCGUUGCGGAAGUCAGAGAGAGCAUGCUCUUCCAGUAUAAUUGGGCUGACCUGCUCUCCGCUGCACCCACUGCUUUGUCGCUGUUAGGAGCCUGCCAUGUUGCUUCGUCGAGCCAGGAAGCUGCUGCCAUAAGCCUAGGCUCGGCCAUGCCACAGGGCGGCUGGAAGCAUAUGCAGGUCGCACAGAAGCCUACUUUGAAGGCCUGUACAGCUGGGGACUUGACCGAGAUUGUCACUGAAGUAAUUCGAAGCACCCAGAAGCUCCCUGAUCCUGGUUACGCUCGCAUCCUCGACAACAAAUUGAACCAGCUUCGACGCCUUUCCGAUAGUUGCCUCAAAUAUGCCGAUGAUACCGAAAAGGCCUUCGAUAUUUGGCUGCUCUGUGUCACUGAGUUUCAUGUAGCUUCCGUUCAGAAGCACGGUACCUCGGAGGCUGAGUCCGAAGAGAACACCUCGAAGAGGUUGCAAGCUGAGAUCGAAUCAACAUAUACUCAAGAUACGAUCAAAAGUGCAGAAAAGUAUGCCAACGAGAUGCUCAAGUCUUUGAAUAAAGCCGAAGAUGCAUUCCAGAAAGCGAACGACGAUGUGCCAUCAGGUGAGUUGCAGUCGACAAAGCCCAAACCGAGCAACAUCGUUGACUGA